GCAGCCCUGGAAGCAUUAGAUGAACUGGACCUGUUUGGAGUUAAAGGUGGGCCCCAAUCAGUCAUCCACGUCCUGGCUGAUGAAGUACAACACUGUCAGUCCAUCCUUAACUCACUAUUGCCCCGGGCUUCAACAUCCAAAGAGGUUGAUGCUAGUCUACUUUCAGUGAUUUCCUUCCCAGCUUUUGCAGUAGAGGAUAGCCAUUUGGUAGAGCUCACAAAACAGGAAAUCAUCACCAAGCUUCAGGGUCGUUAUGGUUGCUGUCGCUUUCUACGAGACGGAUAUAAAACUCCUAAAGAGGAUCCCAAUCGUCUGUACUAUGAACCUGCUGAGCUAAAGCUAUUUGAAAACAUUGAGUGUGAAUGGCCAUUGUUUUGGACAUACUUUAUCCUUGAUGGAAUCUUUAGUGGCAAUGCAGAACAGGUUCAAGAGUAUAGAGAGGCCCUUGAAGCAGUCCUCAUUAAGGGCAAAAAUGGAAUCCCACUUCUGCCAGAGCUGUACAGUGUUCCUCCCGACAGGGUUGAUGAGGAAUAUCAAAAUCCUCACACUGUGGACCGAGUCCCCAUGGGGAAGUUGCCUCAUAUGUGGGGUCAGUCUCUAUACAUUUUAGGAAACUUAAUGGCAGAGGGAUUUUUAGCUCCUGGAGAAAUUGAUCCCCUAAAUCGUAGGUUUUCUACUGUACCUAAACCAGAUGUUGUGGUUCAAGUCUCCAUUCUAGCUGAAACAGAAGAAAUCAAGGCCAUUUUGAAGGACAAGGGAAUUGAUGUGGAGACCAUUGCUGAGGUGUAUCCCAUCAGAGUACAACCAGCUCGUAUUCUCAGCCACAUUUAUUCUAGCCUCGGAUGCAACAGUAGAAUGAAACUCAGUGGACGACCCUAUAGACACAUGGGAGUGCUUGGAACUUCAAAACUCUAUGACAUUCGGAAAACUAUCUUUACUUUCACUCCACAGUUUAUAGACCAGCAACAGUUCUACUUGGCCCUGGACAACAAGAUGAUAGUGGAAAUGCUUAGGACAGACCUCGCUUACCUCUGUAGCCGCUGGAGGAUGACAGGCCAACCCACCAUCACCUUACCUAUCUCACACACUAUGCUUGAUGAAGAUGGAACUAGUUUGAAUUCAAGUAUCCUGGCAGCCCUCCGAAAAAUGCAGGAUGGCUACUUUGGUGGGGCAAGAGUUCAAACAGGUAAACUGUCAGAAUUUUUAACAACAUCUUGCUGUACACAUUUGAGCUUCAUGGACCCUGGGCCUGAGGGUAAGCUGUACAGUGAAGAUUAUGAUGACAACUAUGAUGAACUGCAGUCUGACAACUGGAUAAAUGGUUACGAUUCAACCAGUAAUGCUCGCUGUGGUGAUGAAGUUGCUCGUUAUUUAGAUCACCUUUUGGCGCACACUGCUCCCCAUCCUAAACUUGGCCCUACCUCACAGAAGGGAGGGCUAGAUCGGUUCCGAGCUGCUGUGCAAACAACCUGUGACUUCAUGUCCUUGGUGACCAAGGCCAAGGAGCUGCAUGUACAGAAUGUUCAUAUGUAUCUUCCUACGAAAUUAUUACAGGCUUCCCGGUCUACAUUCAAAUUACUUGAUUCACCUCACCCCCCACAAGAGAACCAGGUUCCCUCUGUUCGUGUAGAAAUGCAUCUCCCUAGAAACCAGUCUGGGGAGGUGGACUUCAACGCACUGGUUUUACAGUUGAAGGAGACCUCAAGCUUACAGGAACAAGCUGAUAUCCUCUACAUGCUGUAUACUAUGAAAGGACCUGACUGGGACACUGGAUUGUAUGAUGAAGGGACUGCUACAGUCAGAGAGCUUCUUACUGAACUAUACGGAAAAGUGGGAGAAAUUCGUCACUGGGGCCUAAUCCGGUACAUCUCUGGGAUCUUAAGGAAGAAGGUGGAAGCACUCGAUGAGGCCUGCACAGACCUUCUCUCCCACCAGAAACAUUUGACAGUGGGACUCCCUCCAGAACCUCGAGAAAAGACCAUCUCUGCACCUCUGCCCUAUGAGAUGCUCACCCAGCUGAUUGAUGAAGCCAGUGAAGGGGACAUGAGCAUUUCAAUCCUUACCCAGGAAAUAAUGGUAUAUCUAGCCAUGUAUAUGAGAACUCAGCCCAGCCUCUUUGCUGAAAUGUUUCGACUUCGAAUUGGUCUGAUCAUACAAGUUAUGGCAACAGAACUGGCCCACUCCCUUCGAUGUUCAGCUGAGGAAGCCACGGAUGGCCUGAUGAAUCUUAGUCCUUCAGCCAUGAAGAAUCUCUUGCAUCACAUUCUCAGUGGCAAGGAGUUUGGAGUGGAACGAAGUGUUCGUCCCACUGAUACAAAUGUCAGUCCUGCUAUUUCUAUACAUGAACUUGGUGCUGUUGGAGCAACAAAAACGGAACGAGCUGGGAUCAUGCAAUUAAAAAGUGAAAUAAAGCAGGUGGAAUUUCAUAGGCUUUCCAUUGCAACUGAGAGUCAGUCACCUGGAACCUCUGUGACUCCAAGUGGUGGGUCCUUUCCUAGUGUAUAUGGUCAACAAGUAUCUAAAGAUAGUCGUCAAGGUCAAUGGCAACGCCGAAGAAGACUAGAUGGAGCACUGAAUAGAGUCCCAGUUGGAUUUUAUCAAAAAGUGUGGAAAGUUCUGCAGAAGUGUCACGGACUUUCUGUGGAAGGUUUUGUUCUUCCCUCUUCAACCACUAGAGAGAUGACUCCAGGCGAGAUUAAAUUCUCUGUUCAUGUGGAGUCUGUUCUGAAUCGUGUGCCUCAGCCAGAGUAUCGCCAGCUCCUGGUUGAAGCCAUCCUUGUCCUCACCAUGUUGUCAGAUAUUGAAAUUCAUAGCAUUGGCAGCAUCAUUGCAGUGGAAAAAAUAGUGCAUAUUGCCAAUGACUUGUUCCUUCAAGAACAGAAAACCCUCGGCGCAGAUGAUAUAAUGUUGGCAAAGGAUCCCGCAUCUGGCAUCUGUACUCUUCUGUAUGACAGUGCACCCAGUGGCAGGGUUGGGACCAUGCCCUACCUCUCCAAGGCAGCUGCCACCUAUGUGCAGGAGUUCCUGCCCCACAGCAUCUGUGCCAUGCAAUAAGGGCUUUGGAUCCUGGCCACUGGGAGCCUUUGACAGCUGAUCCCUGCCUCAGUUGAUUGUGCAUGGAACUGAAAUGUUAUCACCUGAUCACUCCCACCCUGUCUCUUCCUACCCCAUCCCUUCCAAGAAGAGAGAACUUUUCUGAUGAACUGCUUUAGAAGAAGUGAACCCUCACCUGGAGGCUCAUCACCAGUGUGCACAUGCUCAACCAGGCCUUUCAUUGUUGACUAAUUUUUCCAGGUUUAUAAGCGUUUGCAUGUGUUUUUAUUCUCUAGAUCUGUUACCAGCUUAGUUUUCUAACUCCUGUUUGGGGAGCAGAUAUUAAUAAUAAAAUAUUCCUAAAGUUUGGUUUUUCUUAUGUGUGAUUUUAUUGUAUGUCUGAUUGGUGAGUGCUUUGGGACAUUAUUUCAAGUGAGUAAACCCUAAACUGUUGGAUUUUAUGCUGCUAUAAAUUGGAAAUACCUA